AUGCAUGUCCUUCAAACUUUGAUCUUUUCAUUGGGGAUGGAAAUUAGCAGUGUGUCUGCUCUCCCAGGCCCUUUGUCACUAGUCAGCGCAUUCUCUCGGAUCUCGACCGAGCUCGACAGUCUCAGCCUAGGGAACUGUUCUUAUCCUCAUGCAGUGCUACCACUGAACAGCACAUCAGUCCAACUUCCGAACCCUUCAUCAGGGUUGACUCUCAAGCACAUUGCUAUUGGAAGAGGAACCCAAAACUACACAUGCGAAAACUCGACCUCCGCAGCAGUACCUGUCUCUAUCGGUGCCGCAGCCACUCUUUUUGAUGCUUCUUGCGUCGCAGCAAAAUCCAUGAAUCUCCUACAUGAGAUGCCCGCCGUCAUCGGAAGCUCUCCCCUUGGCUCUCUUGCCUUCCUCGCAGAGCUCUUGAGCCACACUACAAAUUCGUCCAAUCUCAUUCUUGGAGAGCACUACUUCAACACAGCUGGGGUCCCCGUGUUAGAUCUGAGAUUGAGUGGCUUGUCGGACUGGAUCGUUGCUGCUAAGACUGCAUCGGUGGAUGCACCCCAGUAUAGCUCCACGGCAGACCAGAAUGUCGCUUGGCUACAACUUGAUCGUCUAUAUGGCAGUGGUAUUGAGGAGGUUUACCGAGUUGAGACUUAUCAGGGUUCUGCCCCAGCAACAUGUUCUGGAUUAAACAAGACUGUCAUAGUCCAAUAUGCGGCGGAAUAUUGGUUCUAUGGCUGA